CCGGCACAGAAAGGAUCGAGACGAUUUCGCAGAAAGUGUCGCGAAAUUGCUUAAUAUCGUUAAUGUUGAUCGUCGCGGAGAUAGAUCUUUCGAAGAACGUUAUCAAAGAACAACCAAUUGUUGUUUUCAGAAGAAAAUCACCAGAUUUACGUAUACUUCGUUUCAAAGGUGUCAGCGAAAUCUCAAUUCGAGUCGUCAACGUGUGAGAAAGGAAGAAAAGUAUUAGGAAGAAGACGGACGUAGUCUCAAGUUCUCUAGAAGAACGUCGCCACGAAUAUUGUUCCAGAAGAAAGAGGACAACUAUAUAAGUAUAAUAUUUGGACACCCGCGGCAAUUUGAUCAAAAAGUUGAUAUUUUUCUCAUGUUUUCAAAAUUAUCAUCGAAGAAUGUUUCUCUACCGUUGAUUCUUUGCUUCUUGCUAUAACCGAGGUCGAAUGUUCCGCUGUUAAACUGAAACAAGAAAUAUAUCUGCACCAGCGAUGUUCAUCCGUAGCAGAUAGCAAGUACUUCACGCACCUGCACAUUUAGUUGCACCAACAUAGUAUAAUCAAGCAUUUCUUAAAAUUUUACAUCGACUUUCUGAAAAAUACAGACAGACUCAUGAUAAAACACGAUCAAUCUCGCGUCACCAUCUACGUGAAACAUAAAGCGUUAAAGCCAAAGAAAAUAAUCAAGCAGAAAAGAAGCUUUAAAGUAAAGUCUAAAGUAAAGUAAUCGGAACAAAUUCGGAGAGAAGAAAAGGUGGAAACGAGCGCCCGAAACGACAACAGAUCACCCAUACAAGGAUAAACGGUGGCUAAAAAAGAAGACGAGAAAAAGAAAAAGAAGAAGGAAAGGAAGGAUCGGAGUAAAAAAAUUGUAAAGGCGAAGAAGCAGGUGAAACGGCAGUACGAACGAAGCUUAUGGGGGUAAAGUGAGUUGAACGCGAGCAGAGGAUAAAUAAGGACGAGCAAAACGUGGAGGCAGAGGAGAAGAGAGAGGAUAAUGGUGGCGCAUGCUCCUCCUCGUUGUGCACGUAUCGUGGAGCAGGCAGUUGCCCUCGUCGGCUCCAGGUACACGCGAAAAUCCAUAUCGCCGCCGUGUAGCGUCUCCUACGGCCGUUGACAGACUCCGCGGACACGCCAGAACCUCUCGAUCGGGCGUCGCAGUGAGCGUCGCGACGCAGCUUCCUCGACACUUCCGCGCCGCUUCUACGGAGUAGCCUCUUACACUGCUUCGAGCACGUGCCCUAAACAGUCGCAUGUCACUGCUCGCCGGCGGAAUACUAAACUGCCACGGAAUUAACUUUCAAACAAUAUUUCACCAGUUUUCAAGCUCAUUUCUUUUCAUCGAUAGCAUUUAUUUGAAAGAAAUUCGUCUCGUUUGAGAAACCAAGUGGUAAUUAGGAGAAAUUGGAAAGGACGCUGCUAGGUCGAAGGAUAAAUAGAUGGGAAUUUCAAAGAUAUCAUUUAUAUCUUAAGGAAGCCGGUCGUCCGAAGUAAAGUGUUAUUUAGAGAUAAUUAAAAAAUAUGUAUCGUUUGGAAGAAGGAAAUGGUACUUAAGAAUAGUUGGAGGGAUAGACGUUGCUGGAUCAAAAUAUGAAUGUAAAUAGAAAUGUUAAUAAUAUUAUUUGCUUUAAGGAAACUAUUCGUCGCAAAAGCGGAAGGAUAUUUAAGAGGAAUCGAAAGAUCGGACGUCGCUAAAAUUAUGGAUAAAUAUGAACUUCGAAGAUGUUGUUUAUCAUAGAGGAAUAUGAAUUACAAGAAUAUUAUUUAUCCUAAACAAAUUGAUCGUUUGAAGAUACACAGUGGUAAUUAGGAGCUAUUAAAAGGUGCUUAUUGUGGAACGUUGCUGAAUGAUAAUACAAACGAACAUGAACUGAAAGUAUCGUUUAUUUCAAGGGAAUUCAUCGCUCGAAGAAAGGAAAUAUUAAAUGGGAACAAUGAAAUGAUGUUUUUAUGAAAGCAUGAACAAAUACGAGUUCGAAGGAGAUAAGUGCUAACUAGAAAUAAAUCGCAAGAUGUUUAUGGAAUUAUGAAUAAAUAUAAAUACUAAGGAUGUAGUUCAUCUCGAAGAGAGGUUCGUCCUUUAAAGCGAUGAUUUAAUAUGAAUAACUAUCGAAGGUAUUAUUUACCUCAGAACCCAAACCAGAGUCGCGGUAAUGAAAAAGUCAAUGAAAAAGUCGAACAUGGUUAAAUUGGUACACGAAUAAUACGUGUGAACAUUUGUAAAACGCGAACACAGAAGAUCGGAAGCUGAUGGAAGAGAUAGCAAUAGCGUAUUGGAAAAGGAAGUCGACGGUAUUCCACAAGGAACGAUAAAUGUAAAAAGUUGGACUACUGUCGCGUUGGGGUAGCCAAAGAUCCGUGAAACGAAGAAUCGUAAGAAAUCUGGCAAGGUUUCAGGCGAAACUUUGUUAAGAUUUCCAAGAAAAUAAAAGAAUCUUCGAGGUGGUGUAAUUUGUACGUUGUAGAGACACCGAGUCACACGAGGAACGUUCUUGCAGAGAGGAUUUUACGAUGGUAUCGUGGAAAAGAUAGCCAGUUGGAAAGAGUCGCGUCUACGAAAGGAUUAGGAAACGGGAGCCUAACUCGCAGACCAGGUUAACAAAUAGCUAAAUUACAAAGUGAAUGGACCAAGUUUUGAAACUCAUUUACGAAACUACCGACUAUCAAUUAUAAGGAGCUGUGAACUUCCUUCUAUCUUCGAAGGAGUCGGUAAUAACCCCUGGUAUCGACGAAUACCAUUCUCCGGAGUAGUUGAAAUCAGGCACGAAUACGUGCGUUAACCGAGUGGGUUCUCGAAACAUCUCCCUCGAGAGUUUGCCGAUAGUCUCUCGCGAAAUUAGUACACUAUCGAAACGUGGAACUGAUCGAAGCCGGCCUUUGUUACUGGUUUUCAGCGCGAUGCUCGCGAUGUUAACGCGCGGACAAUAGGCGAACUUCGUCUCCAACUGUUAGUGCUGGAUCUGAUGGACGCCUUGCCGCCAGUAGUUCGGUAAUUGGCUUUGCGUUUCAAGCGGUUCGCCUAAUGGCUGUCGAGUGCCGCUUUCAAACGGAUCGACCAGUUGCAGCAGACUGUUUUAUAAACCAUACUACUCGUACCAUUGUACGUUAUCAUAUUUAAAGCGUGAAAGCUAGAUCGUCGAGGAUUUUAAGAUCAAAGAUCGUUUAGUAAAUGGAGGGCUAGAGAAAUGGAGAGCAACGAACCAAAAGAAAAUUCGUUGCUCUAGAAAAGGAAGCAUUUCCAAGCUCGUCAUAAGUCGAUCUGAUUUCGUCGUGUUCCUAGAAAUUACAAAACGAAGGCUCUCACCUUCCGGUCAGACUCCGUGCAAUCGAGAUAUUCCGAAGCUGGGAAGCUCCGGUGAAAUCACCUCGUCGGAUCAGAGGACAUCAAAGAGCGAUCCUAUGUCGCGGUAUCCCGUGCCUGGAGCGUGGAAUUUAACGGGCUUGCGGGGAUUUCUGGAAACUCUAUUCGAUCGUAACAUUUCGAUAUAUAGAUAAAUAUAGAGAGAAGUUUUCUGAUAAGGUCUUGUACAACGUAUUAACGGGGAUCGGGAGGAUACCAAAUAGAAAUCCUAAGGAAAAAGCGUGUGUGCGAGGAUGAGACGUUCCUCGGGAUCUUUUUGUCGCUACGCUCUCGCUCUCUGAUAUUGGACGAAAGGAAGAAAAAAAGGUCCUUGAGAAUUAACCCGUGGAAUUCAAUGACUGCGAGGUAACAAAAACGUUUGCUUGAUCGUAAUAUUUCUAGAUCAUUUUCAAUACCGUAAAUAGAUAAGAGAAAAAGAAGAAGAAGCGUGCGUAUUAAAUCAAAAGGAGACAGAGAGAAAAUUAAACGAGUCGCAGAAACCCCUAAUUUAUAAUACAAAAAAUUCAAGAAGCUUUGUAUGACCAUAUUUAGAAAUGUAAAUGGACAGACAAAUUAUAUAAAGAAGCUUCUCGAUAAUAUCUUAUAUCAGGUAUUAACGAGGACGAGGAGAGGAUACGAGCAGAAAUUCGCGUGAGCGUGCGUAGAAAGAUUAAAGACUCUUUGGGGCCCUCUCGUUGUUACGCUUGCCCUGUGCUCUUCGAGUAAAGGGAGGAAAAGGACUCCUCUAGGAUUAACCGACCCUCCUUUAAUGGCAAAGGAUUUAGGGGGAUCAGCGAGCAUUAGUCGGCGAAUCUCGCGGUUGGCCAGGAAUACUAUCUUCGGUCUCGUUUCUCGCGAAGAACACCAGGUUUGGGGAAAUAAUUGCGUGUCGGUCGGUUGGUGAAAAAUAGAGCCCCUAGAGAUUAACCGCGCGUCUUUAUAGAACUACGUGAAGGGCAUGGUCCGCUCGUAAUCGACGUUUUCGCCGCGUGCCACACAUUCCACGACCUUGUCCACUACUGCUGCUCGAAACCUAAACGACGUAUAUGGUCCUCGUUAUGUUCUUGUAAAACGCAAAAUCACGUUGCGCUCCUUGAAAAAUUUCCAAAAAUCAACGAUACGUAACGCGUAAUGAUAACGAACCAACGACAUCGCGACAUCUUCUAAGAGGAGCAUGGUUCACUUAUAAACAGAGGAAUAAUUUCUAUAAACAAUUCGCCAAGGGCGCUGGGCCGCUAUAAAGAUAAGAGGGAAUCCGUGUUGUUUUCACUUUUUGCUUCAGCUCGAGCAAAGUCGAGCCUCGCGAAAGGAAGCAACUUGAUCGAGGAAACGAAUAAGACGAACAGUGUUUAGUUUGUGGCCGGCAUGGAGUGGCAAGAGAAUAACGAGAGCGUCUUCGACACCGGCAAUUACGUGCUGAACACUUUGUAUUAUAUCAGCAAGCUGAACGAAUCGGUGAAUCCCGAGGCGAUCAAGUGCUUCGAACGCAAACAGGAAGAGCUGCAGCUGUUGUCUCUUGGGACGCAGCAGGAGGAUCAAGGAUGCGAAAUCAGCUGGGAUUCUUUAUUGUGUUGGCCGAGAACACCUCCCGGUACACUGGCCACGCUACCGUGCUUCGAGGAACUGAAUGGAAUACGCUACGACAGCAGCCAGAACGCGAGUCGCUGGUGCAGGCUAGACGGUAAUUGGAGCAACUAUACCAACUACAGCCUCUGCCGAGAUCUCCGCGUGCCGGAGAUCGAGGGCAGUGUCGAGGUUAUUUCAAAUACAAUCUACUUCGUUGGAUACAGCAUCUCCUUGUUUACACUGGUCAUCGCCGUUUCUAUUUUUCUUUAUUGCAAGGAACUCAGAUGCAUCAGAAACAACAUACACACGAACUUGAUGUUUACCUACAUCCUUGCAGACCUGAUGUGGAUUCUAAACAACGUGAUGCAGGUGUCCAUGCAACCGGACGUGCCAACCUGUAUCGUUUUCCUGUCUCUGCUGAAUUAUUUCCAAUUGACUAAUUACUUUUGGAUGUUCGUAGAAGGCCUGUAUCUGUUCCUAUUGGUCGUCAAGACUUUCACAGGCGAUAAUAUCAAGUUGAAGCUGUGUCUUGUUAUAGGAUGGGGAAUACCAGUCCUCUUCAUCACCAUGUGGGCUAUCGCCAAAUCGUUGGAUCAAAGUAUCAUGAUCCAACCAAAUCAGGAAGUUGCAUUGGGCAAGCACUGUCCCUGGAUGGUGUCACAUGCUUACGACUGGUUCUACCAAGCCCCCGCUAUUUUGGUGUUAUGCAUCAACGUGAUGUUUCUUUUCAUGAUAAUGUGGGUGCUGAUAACAAAGCUCUGGUCAGCGACGAACGCAGAAACCCAGCAGUAUCGAAAGGCGAGUAAAGCGUUACUCGUGUUGAUACCUCUCCUUGGAGUAACUUACGUGCUGGUACUGACGGGACCAACGGAGGGUCAGGUUGCUAAUGCAUUCUCUUACACUCGAGCCGCGUUCCUUUCUUCACAGGGCCUGUUCGUCGCGUUAUUUUACUGUUUUCUAAACACCGAGGUUCAAAACACAGUGAAACACCAUAUCGAACGAUGGGCAACAGCUCGCGAUCUGGACACAGAAAGAAGGUAUUAUAACAAUUGGUCUCCCCGUUCGAGAACAGAGAGUAUAAGAUUGUACUGCCCACCGUCAAACCCAUACAGAAAAAGGGAUUCAUCCGUAAGCGAGACGACCACAACAACAGUAAUAGGAUUAAACUCGACGACCACAUUCCUAGAUAAAUCGAAAAAGGCUAUCUCGGAGGAUCUGAACGAAUAGGAACGAUUCUGAUCUCGCCAAUGGACCGAUUAGAACCAUUAUCGAAGAAUCUGUUAAACAUUCUUCUUUUGAAAAAAUAUUCUUAAGCAAAUCAAGGUCUAAGAGAUACCAAUAUUCUUUCUUUGCUUGUAAGUGUCAUUUUCUUUUCAUCUGAUCGUCAAAGGAAGAAAUAAUUAUUUGGGAAGAUGGAGAAUUGUUAUUUAUUAUUUGAAGGAGGUUUACGUUUGCCAGUGUGAAAUAUUUUGAACAAGAAUAUGUAUAAGAAAAUAAAUUGAUUGUUAUGAAUUUUACAAAUGUUGGAAACGAGAGGGAAGUAGUCAAGGGGGCAACAUAUCGAAAUAUAUACUUUGUCACAGAAUUGUUCGUAAAAUAAUGGAAAUUAAAAAGUUAAACAUAUUUAUAUAUUAUGAUUUAUACUUUUUAAUAUGUUUUCACCUUUUUUCAUUUUCAAAAUAAAACUAAUUUUUAUUAUUCUGGAAUUAGCAUUUUUUCAAUAUAGUAUUUGUAUAAAUUAAUUGCAUUGUAAUAUAAUAGAAAUUGAUUGUGAAUGGAUGAUUAAAUUUCCUUUUUUUGAUACGAUUUCUUUCUUUCAUUGCCAAAAUAUACACGUAAUAUACGCGGAAACAAAUGAAAUAAAACGAUGCUUUGGAAAAAGUGACGACAUUCGAUCUUUUUAGUUUUGUUUUUAGUUUCAUUUUCAAUUUCGCAAUCAACCAUCUCAUUUCCAAGAUAUUCAUAAAAUUACCGGUAAUUAAAUUAACUUUACAAUUGAUAUUUUCCUAAAAUGUACUUGAUAUAUGCGUCAAACUAUUUAAUGUAUAAAAUAUAAAAUCUUUCUCUUGUGAAAUAACAAGUCUCCUGAGGACUCUUAAA